CAAAGUCAAGCGGCUGUCAAAUGAUUUGAAAACGCGAUUGUCGCAUGGUGGUCGAUUGUUUUUCUAAAUACACACAACCAAAAUGAAAAUUCCUGAAAAAUCUAAAGAUAAGAAGGAGAAAGUAAAGAAGAAGAUUAAAGUUAAACCUAAAAAACAACAAGUCCUUGUUGUAGCCCAAGAAAUUAAGUUUGCACGUUUACUUUCUGGAAAUGAGAAGAAAACUCGUGACAGAGUGCUGAAUGCGCUUAAAAAAUGGCUUUUAAACUGUUUCGAGAAAGGCUACGAGUUCAAAGAGGAUGACUUUAUCAGAGUGUGGAAAGGGUUGUUUUAUGCUGUAUGGAUGUCGGACAAGCCACUCAUACAGGAAGACCUGUGUGAAAAGAUAUCAGGUGUUCUGGACCUGUUCCCUGCUACACAGCUCCAGUAUGCGAUGCUGAUGUUCAAGGCGGGGCUCCGAGUGUUAGCCACUGAGUGGUACGGUCUAGAUCAACAUCGCACUGACAAGUUUCUUAUGUUGGUCCGUCGCUACCUGCGCGCCAGCCUGCGCUGCUUGCUGCGGAGCGACUGGAGCCUUCCCAGCUGUCGGCUCUACGCCGCCACCCUCGCCGGGACUGACGGUGUCCUCGCCCUGAAGACCCCGCACUACGCUCGCAACGCUAUGUCCAUGCUGCUCCAUAUCCUGGACUGCUACUUGGAGGAAAUUGCCAAGGUGUCAAACGGCGACAUCCCGGAAGCCAGCCUGGUGGAGCUGCUGCGUCCAGUGUGCGAGUACACGUGCGGGGGCGAAGCACCCUCGGUCUGCGCGGGGGCGCGCCGUCUGCUCACGGCGCUGCUGCGCCAGAGCGAGCCCGGCCUGCGGUACCUACAUGCCACCGCCGCCUGGCAGAAGAUGGGCUGUCCAGAAGGUGGACCGGAAGCGCUGGAACUGGUGUCUGAAUCGGAGGAUGAUGAUGAUGAUGAAGAACAGGAACAGAAUGGUGAUGCUGCCAGCGAUGAUGAGGACAGUGGUGAGAAACCGUUGGACCCCCGCGCAGGUCGCGUGGACGUGGAGCUCCCAUGCUUGCCUGUCCCGGCGGCCGGCCUGGCGCGGGUACUGCGCGGGGCGCUCGCCGCCGCCGGGGGCGCAGCCCGACAUCGCAGGGGGCGCAUCUGUCUGCAGCGAUUCGAGAAGCUAGCAGCGAACGAGUACCCCCUCAGGCUGCCCCCCUCCGCAGUAGAAGUAGAAGGCUCGGCCCCCCCACUCAAACAGAAGAAAGCGGCGCACUCCCUGCACGCGCUCGAAAAGAAGCUCAUCGCGGCCAGCGACGAACUCGCUCUUAGAGGUCUGAGUCGCAAGCACCGCAAGCGUCUGCUAGCCAAGAGCAGGUCGGGGACCUCCAUUGUGGAGGAACUCGACACCGCCAGCCAGAAGCUCAGCAGCGCUGCUCCAAACGGCUGGCAGAUUGAAGAAACAAAAGAACCGGAAGCGAAGAAAACAAAACAAAACGGAAACAGUAAUAAAGAAAAUAAAAAACGAAAGAAUGAAGUUAAAGAAGCCAGUGUAGGCAAGAAACGAAAAGUGAAUGAAAAUGACACAGUAAAACAAGAGACAGCUAGCAAAGAAAAUGAUAAAAAUAAGAAAUUAGAAAAUGGACAUACUAAUAAAAAACAGAACGCUAAAGUUAAAGAAAAUAAAGUUACGGAAAAAGAGAAGCCUUUAGCCAAUAAGACUAAAGUUAAUCAAGUUCAAAAUAAUAAUAAUAAGAAAGCGCAGAAAAGUAGCGAUAAUUUACCAAAUGGUAGUACAACCAACAAACCUAUUACAAGCCAGGAUGAAAAUAAAAUAACUAAGCCAGAAAAAAACGCGAAACCAGCGAAAAAUCCAACACUAGUCGUUAAUAAAGUUAAACAAUUUCAAAAACAGAUCAACAAAUUUGACAAAAGUAAUGAGAAUAGCCACUUUAAUACGCCUAAGAAGGUAAAAUUCGUUUUGAAAAACAAUUCUAUGCAACAACCUGUGGAUUACUACAAGAGUGUGCGGCAAAGUCCUAAUAUACCGUUUGACGGGUCUAAAAAACCCAGCAAAACUAACCUGAAGCCGUCCACGCCCUCACCUAUUAAUCCUUUCUUCAAGAAAAAGUUACGACUCAAAUAAGUUAUUUGAAAUACAGGGUGAGUGGUUAUGGUGAUUGAUAUUUGAAAACGUGAUUGUAC